AUGUCAGCUGUGAGAUCGUGUCCAGGGCUUUAUUGCGGGCGAACGCAACUCGAAGAUGGAUCGUGGAGUGACUGUGGUGCUUGCCCCCGAGGGUAUAGGACAAAUACCUCCAGUUACUGCGUGCCGUGUGCCGAUGAGCCCACACUUUACGACUGGCAGUACCUCGGCUUCAUGGUACUAUUACCAUUGGUACUGCAUUGGUUUUUUAUUGACAUGGUUGCUGUAGCUAAAGGCAAAUCUAGCAUCCUCGCACAGCACAUCUGUGCUUUCGCAGAAGUUCUGUUUGGAACCCUAGCGGCUCUUUUAGUACUACCUCCAAAGGGCACAAUGUUUCUAUACGUGUGUUCCCCUGAGGCUUUGUCCGACUGGUAUACGUUGCUGCAUAAUCCACAACCUGAUUAUAAGGAGAUUUUACAUUGCACACAGGAAGCGGUGUAUCCUUUAUAUACAAUAGUCCUUCUAAUAUACGCAUUUAGUCUGCUAAUGACUGUCACCGUGAGACCCUGGGUGGUGACGUGGAAUGCGCCCAAUCCUGGAAAGAAAGCUAUAUAUUGUGCUUUGUAUUUUUACCCAAUAUUGGUACUGAUACAUACUGUGGCCGCUGGACUAAUAUAUUGCUCCUUCCCCUAUAUAAUAAUAAUAAUAUCAAUGAUGACUUCAGCGUCACACUUCUCAAUCAAGAUCGAUCAGUCGGCACCAGCUUUGCUUCUGUCUUCAAUAACCAACACGAGGAACCUAAUAAUACUACUUGGACACUGGCUUAUACAUGCCUACGGCAUAAUUUCCCUCACCGGUUUCAAGGAGCUUUGGUAUCUGUCUUUGGUGCCAGCGCCUGCUAUGUUUUACAUAUUGACGGCUCAGUUCACAGAUCCAAUGAAGAUACAUAAUGAUUGACCGAAGCAUUCACGUCGAAAGUACUUGUGUUGUUGUAACCGUGCAGCGUUUUGACGUUCUUGUGGUUAAAUGAUUUAUGAAAUAAAUUUGGAUGGUUUUUGAUAUAGAACUGUCUUAGUUUUAUGGCUGCUUUCUAUCGAGCUCUUGAUAGUUUUUACGUACCGGUACAUUAGCUAAAACACGAUCCUGUAGAAAUUCAGCUACGCAGUUUCUAUGGAGACUGCGUUCUAUGAUGUGGAGCCCCGAUAUCUAUAGAUCCUGG